CUCAAGAGUGCCCUGGGUGUGUCCGUCGCGAACGGGGCCACUGCCAGGCUGGCAUGACGAGCGACGGUGUGAUGUAAUCCCGGGCUCAUAACUUGGGGAUCGAUAUGUGGGAGGCGUGUAGAUGGUGUCUGGUAUGUUUUGUAGAUUUCUGGAGCACUGGACGCAGCGUCUCGCGGGCUGGUGGCGGGUUCCCAACCCUUGGCAUUGGCAUUGGAUUGCUGCUGCUGCACGCUCCUUGAGCGGGAGAUGCAAGCAUGAGGAUGCUGUGGAAGCACGUCGGCGGGAGGAAGAUUGAGCGGUUCCAGGCUCGACUGGCCGUGUUGCGUCUUGUUGCAGAAGUGCGCGCGACAAGCGGAGACUUGGGCUUGUGUGUGAAGCUCGAUGUGAAGCUCGAGAUGCUCUGGGCGGUGGUUAGCAGCCUUGAGGAGGGUGGUUUUUUGCAUCGCUGUGCGGAUUGUUGUUUGUGUGAACGCGGCGCGGUCAGACGGACGCGUGGGAGGACUGUGGAUGGAUGUGCGAGAUGAAGGAAGAACUGCUCGAGAUGCA